UUAGGCUAUCGAUCACAGCCAGGCGUGGACUUUGCCAGCCAUAUAACGUCAUAUUCCUUACAUUAGACAUUCUCAGCUCGGUGCUGGUAGUGGAUACAAUCUAGAGCAAAAGAGACGCGAGUCCAGUGUUUAUUUUCUUGUUAGAUAUCUUGUCUUUGUUUGUAUCUCAUCCCCAAACGUCCUUCGGGCUUGAGAUGUUCUGGAGCAUCCGCAGGUAGCUGAGAUCUACGAUUCCAACUCCAGGCUGAGUUGACACCAUGCCGGAAUACAACAUCGUCGUUCUAGGGUCGGGUGGUGUAGGGAAAAGUUGUCUCACGGCCCAGUUCGUUCAAAAUGUGUGGAUCGAAAGCUACGACCCCACCAUCGAAGACUCAUACCGAAAGACCAUAGACGUCGACGGCCGGCAGGUCGUGCUCGAGAUUCUCGACACCGCAGGCACGGAACAGUUUACCGCCAUGCGCGAACUCUACAUGAAAACCGGCCAAGGCUUCCUCCUCGUCUUCUCCAUCACCUCCCUCUCCUCCCUCGCCGAACUCUCCGACCUCCGCGACCAAAUCAUCCGCAUCAAAGAUGACCCGCGCGUCCCCAUCGUCCUCGUCGGCAACAAAUCCGACCUCGAGGACGAGCGCGCCGUCUCGCGCACCCGCGCCUUCCAGGUCUCGCAGAACUGGGGCAACGCCCCGUAUUACGAGACCAGCGCCCGGCGGCGUGCGAACGUCGACGAGGUGUUUCGGGAUCUGUGCCGCCAGAUUCUGAGGAAGGAUAUGGAGUUGAAUGCGACGCGGUAUAGUGGCAGUGGGGGGCCGGGGUAUGGGUUGCGGGCUUCGGGCGGGCGGACGGUGGGGGGUGCGAAUGGGAUGGGGAGGAGACAGAAGGAUUGGUACCAUGAUGGGUAUGGGAACUCGUCGCAAGGGUUGCGGAGGAGGGCUCAUCGGAAGAGGGAUCAGAGAUGUACGAUUUUAUGAUCGAUGGCGUGGAUGCGAAAAGCGACUUUUUCUCAAUGGACGAUAUAAGGAUGACGGAGGGGUGGGUACGGCGCUCUCCACAGGUACAUUCGGCUUUGGCUUCAACAAUAGAACAAUAGUGUGUAUCUUUUCGGACUCAAUAGCGCAUCACUAGAGAUGGAUAGUGAACGAACCA